GUGAUAGAUUUUCAAGUCAUGGCUGAUGCUGCUCAGAUCAGGGUCCAAGAUGCAGUGACGCAAAUGAUCAAUGACCUGGACAAGUUGACAUUACGUCGAAUGCAGGUGCCACCUUUGAUUGGUAGUCUGUUAUGUAAAAAGGUGAUAUGCAUCGUUGUGCAGCACGAUGUUGCGAUGAUCGCGAGUCUCACCUGGAGGCGAUCCAUCGUUGCAUCGAAAAUUGUGCAAUUCCUUUGAACAAGGCUCAAACAA